AGGCAGCCGUUCCCCCAAAUUAUGUGAAAUUUUCCAAAGCGAAAUCCGCGUUAAAAAUGCCAGUGCAAAGCCAUCCAUUUACCUCUACUGAGGAAAUUCUCAAUUUUGAGGCGGGAGACACAGCUGUGAUACUCUCGGGUUACGUCGAUAAGAUUGAUGGGGUGAAAACUGUCAGCAAUGGAAAAAAAACAUUGCUGAAGUUUGUCAUAAACAAUGGGGACGGAACGAGGAUUCGUGUACUGAUGUGGGACAAUGUCGCCAAGGUCAACUCACCGAAGAUUUCCCAUCACCAGAAAAUGUAUAUCACUAUGGGUUGCAUUACUCCUACAAAUGCUUCUUAUCAUGGGAACGAAGACGUUGUUGAUGUGGAGUUCAAUGCUCAGGCAGCGAGUACCAUCAAAUAUCUGGGAAUUCUCGAAGGAGCUGGAAUUAUUGUCCCAGAAAAUUACCCGGAAGUUGCCAUGGAAACUCUCCUUCGUAACCAAGACGCUCCAGUGUCAGUCACUGGGUUCAUCAAGAGUCCAUUUGUUGAAGUUGUCCAUUUCUCGGCUUCUUACGGUGGAGGCAGCAUUGUCAAUGGUAAACACAGGCUCGCUGUUCAAAUUGCCAUCUUCAAGGACAAGAAAGAGAUCGAGGUUGGAACGUGUGUCAAGCUCAUGGGGAAACUGAAGUCCAGGAUCAUGAAGACCAACAAGUCACAUGUCGAGUACUACUUCGAAGUCCCAGACAUGAAUCACAUCGUUGUCAUCGAGGGAAAAACGGCUACGGAGGAAGAAAUGUCCAAAGCAAUCAUCUCAGCGACCUCCAAACGCUACUCAACUGGAGAUUUACCGAAACCAAAACGUCGCUCGAACGUUCAGGAUGCAGAAGAGAUUCAGAGAAAGAUGUCAAUUGAGAUGAAUGAAAUUCAGAGAGACAUCUCGAUGGAAAAAUGAAAACACGUACACCCAUCGCUAGGUGCAAAGGGGUAUUAUUACUGUUAUUUCAACUGAGAGACAAUAUUUAUCAUUAUUAUCACUAAUCUUUUCGUAGAUUUUUCUCAAAUUAAAUUUCCUGUGAUUUCA